AUGAGCUCAUUGAAGAGUCUACGGCAACGUUUCACAAAAUCUGAUCGCGACGAUCGGAUUAAAGACACGAGAGACGGGAACAGGAACUCUCAGCUGCAUUUACAGCCAGAAGAAGAUAUUUUUGAAGUUAUAGAACCAUCUUAUGACAUGAACUAUGGUGCCAUGAUGCAGAUGGCUGCUGAAGACACCCAGAGUUGCACAUCCUUCCCAAGCGAGGAACUGAUGUCGACUUUGAAAUGGCAGAGUCCAGAAGAGCGUAAAAUAUUUGAGGAUCAGCUGAAUCAGCUUCAGGAGCAGCUGAUGAUGGUGAUGAUUGAAAACCAGACUUUGAAAAGUGAACUGAAUUCAAGUAAAAUUAAGGCAGAGCUGGAGCAAACAAAAAUAGACCUGGCCUAUGAGCGACAUCGCAGUGAAAUUCUUGAAAAGAAACUUGAACAGGAAAUUCAGAAAAGAGCUCAAAAGGUGAACCAGAGCCCAUCAGAUGCUUCAAAAAGUAAGCUUGCCAGUGGUAGUGGAGGAAGUGGAGCUAGCAGUAGUGGUAUAGGCAUUGAAGGGGAGGACAAUGGAGAACCACUUCCUAUUGAGGUAACUAAGCCGUUGAAGAAGAGAUUGUAUCAGAGGAUGGUGGAUUGGUUUUUGAAUUCAUUUUACACAUUUCUGGAUGAUUUUACCGAGGAACCUCCAGCAACUAAUGUUGGAGAUCCUGAAGGUGAACCUCUUACAGUCAAAACACUGAAAGAAAAUAUUAAACGUUUUGGUCUGGAGGCCAAACCUUAUGUAAAUACAGUCAAAGGCAUUUAUGACCUGCUGGCUUGGAAGUCUCCUCCAUACACCCUGAUUGUUUUUAUCGUUUAUAUGUACUCAUUAUGGCAGGGAUGGUUCCUCCCAAUGCUGCUGUUUUGUCUGUCAUUCAGGCUAUUUAUCAGCUAUCUGCGGCACAGAGGCUGGAAUGUUAACUUCAAUUUUUUUGAGAUGGUUGAAGAGACAAAAGAUACUGAAGAAAAGGAUCUCGGUGUGUCCGAUAAGUUCAACCUUGUCAUGCAAGUGGCCAGGAAAGUGCAGAAUGUUCUAGGCAUGGUAGCAGAUAGUCUGGAAAAAAUCAAGAGCCUUUUAACUUGGCGUCACCCUGAAGCCAGCCGACAGUUAUUCCUUGCCAUAAGUGCUGCAUUUAUAACAUCCUGCAUUAUGCCAACUGCACUGCUCUUCUUCUAUGCAGGUCUCUACAUGGGAAUCAAACUGUUCAUCGUUGAUUACGUCUACAACCGAUUCCCACGUGUGAGAAGGAAGUAUGAUUCCACCUAUAGGCUAUGGAUGGAGCUGCCUACUGAUGUGGAAUAUGAGAAAAUUAAUGCAAAAUCAGAAAUAGAUAAGUACAUUCUUCCACAUAGUCAAGAAAAAGGGGAUGUUGCUGCAGAGGCUAGGAGUGACCAGUUGACACUGGAUGACCGAGCAUUUUGUGAACUUUUUGCAUUGCCAGAAUCUGAAUGUCCUUUACCAGGUUGGCAGGGAGGUCGCAGAUGUACUCUUAUAAACCGAGAGAAGUCACUUACUGCAGCAUUUAAAAAUGGGCGACUAUAUUUAACUCACAGUUUUCUGUGCUUUGAAAGAACAAAAGUGCCUUCACCAAAGAAUAUUGUCAUUCCUCUUGCUGACAUAGCUCGACUGGAAAAGGCCAAGCCGUACAGUUGGAUGCCUGGUGGGGGAAUGGCCAUUGAAAUUGCUGUUGUUGGAAAUGAAAAGCCAUACAUUUUUGGAGCUAUCAUGAAUAGAGAUGAGGUAUUUGAAGGGAUUUUGUUCGCUGGACGCAAAGCUGGACUGGCCUGGUCAGCUGCCUCACGAUGUCCUUCUCCCACAGAGUAG